AUGUUUUCUGAGCCAAAACUUAUUGAAUUUCGAGUGGCUUACAAGUUUAGCUCAGUUCGCUCAAACCUGUUAAGCAAGCAACACUGUACAAAGUCCGGUGGCCGUCCUUCCCUUUUGUCUUUUGACCUCAUUUACUGGCCAAAUUCCGAGCGAAAAAUAGUCAACUUUUCACGACUUGUUCUUGGACCCUCCCCAGAUCGACCCCCAGAAAACGGGCCAAUUCUUCCGGGCCUCAUUCCAGCCCAGCAGCGAGCCUUCCCUCAACGGUUCCCAGCUGGCGGACACAAUCCCGUAACUGACCCCCAAAAGCGCUGCCCCGAAGAAGACAAAGGACACGAUGAAGGGCACCCAGGUGGGAACAUCGAUUUUCAGCCCAACCUUAAGAUAGUAGAAGAAGGGGAAGAACAAGAGCCCAAUAAAAAGUGGGAUCCCCACAGAAAAGCCCAUUCUGCUUAUCAUCCGAUUCGUCACUAUCUCCGGAAUAACGCCUUCUUCCCGAUCAUCCUCUUCCUCCUCCUCAUCUUCUUCUUGGCUUUCUUUUUUAUCUUAUUUGGUUUGGGCCCGAAGCCUUUGGGAGAGUUUAAGGUGGCUGAAAUUGAGCCGACAUGUUUGAAGCUUUUGGAUUGUGUGGAUGAAUGGAUUAGGACAUGGGUUCUGUAUUUUGAUGAAGUUAGUGAAGGGGGUAAUGGUAGAGGGGGUGUUCUUGCCAGAGUAAUGAUUCCCAUGACUCUCCAACUGAGUUCUCGUUUUGGAACAUGUGUACUCAAAUGGUUGGUGGAUAUAGAUCGAAGCUUAUCGCUAGUCGCUACAGAGAGCUAA